AUACAAAUGUGUUAUAUAUAAAGAUUGUCGUGACCAAAGAACGUGUUCUAAUAUAAUGUACUUGUGUAUAAAAUGAUGUUGUGCUCGUUUAUCAUGUUGAGUAGCAUUGUACGUUUUCUUUAUUGAAUAAAUUGUAACAUAAAACAUUUAUUUACUAAUUAACUUUGUUCCUCGAAGGUUCUGACAUUUAUUUAGGUUUAUUUGUCUGUUAAAAGUCCACUACUGACUAUACCAGCGAUAUAAAAGUGCCAAUGGAGGAUAAAAGACCUGAAAAUGUUGGCAUUCUUGCCAUGGAAGUUUAUUUUCCAUCUUCAUAUGUUGACCAAAACAAACUAGAAGACUUUGAUGGUGUUUCAAAGGGUAAAUACACCAAAGGUCUGGGACAAGAAGAGAUGGGUUUCUGUCAUGAUAAUGAGGACAUCAAUUCAUUGUGCCUCACUGUGGUGGCAAGGUUAAUGGAAAAGAACCAUGUAGAUUAUAAAGACAUAGGUCGCUUAGAAGUUGGUACAGAGACAAUAAUUGAUAAAUCGAAAAGCGUGAAGAGCGUUCUGAUGCAGUUGUUUGAUGAAAGUGGAAAUUUUGAUGUAGAAGGCGUGGAUACAAGCAAUGCUUGCUAUGGUGGAACAAGUGCUUUGUUUAAUGCAGUCGCAUGGGUGGAAAGCUCUGCCUGGGAUGGUAGAUAUGCUUUGGUUGUGUGUGGUGAUAUUGCAGUGUAUGCAAGUGGUAAUGCCAGAUGCACUGGUGGAGCUGGUUCCAUAGCAAUGUUGAUUGGACCCUCUGCUCCACUUGUUAUAGAACCAGGUCUUAGAGCAAGUUACAUGCGACAUGCUUAUGAUUUUUACAAACCUGAUCUAACAUCGGAAUAUCCAGUUGUUGAUGGAAAACUAUCAGUACAAAGUUAUAUAACUGCCCUGGAUAACUGCUAUCAAAACUACUGCCGAAAAGCUAGCAAAAAAAUUAAAACUAAAAGUUCAACUUUCAACUUAUCCAACAUUGACUACAUGUUGUUCCACAGUCCAUAUUGCAAACUUGUCCAAAAAUCAGUUGCUCGCAUCGUUUUAAAUGAUUAUGUUCAUCAGGAACAUCAACAUUACUCAAAAGAUGACCAAACUCAGUUAAAGGAUCUUUGCCAAUUUAAAGACGCGUCAUUGGACAAUUCAAUAUUUAACAAACCGCUUGAAACUGCUUUCGUAAAAGCAAGCGAGUGUUUGUUUGAAAGAAAAACAAAACCGUCGUUGCUGCUUGCACGUCAAGUAGGCAACAUGUACACACCCUCCUUGUACAGCUGUCUUGCAUCCCUUCUUAUCAGCACCAGUUUAAAUGAGCUUACUGGCAAACGAAUUGGUUUAUUUUCCUAUGGCUCUGGUUUAGCAGCUUCAAUGUUUUCGCUACGCGUCACUGAGCAUGCGGGGUUACCGGAGGUCGUUAACCCCGCAAAGGUCAAUGACCUCCCAACAUUCACCUUGCAUAGCUUGGUGUCUGGUUUGCUAGAAAUCCGUGUAAAGUUAAAGCAGCGCACACAACUUGAACCAGAGCGUUUUACUGCAAUUUUAGAAUGUAGAGAAAAGACUCACACUUUAGCCAACUACAGCCCACAAUCAACCAACGAACAUAUUUUCCCGGGCACUUACCACCUCACCCAUGUAGAUGAAAAAUUCCGACGAACCUAUGAAAGAAAACCCCUCCCUCACCCAGAUAUGAAUGGGAAUUCCUCUCAAAAUGGGGCUGAAAAUUUCACCCACACAAACGGCUUCUAAUUCUAAUUUAUUAAAUUAACAAUCAAGUUGCUUAUAAAUCUCAUUCUACUAACAAAAAAUGGAAAAGUUUCUUAGUAUUAAAGAUAUAGUAGGUGGGGGAAGAUGGGACACCCUUUUUUCUUGUUCCAUUUUGUAGUAAACAAAGUACAUUUAAAGAAUUAUAAAACCGUAUUCUCACAACUCUCAUAGGUCAGAAUAUUUGGAUAUUAUGUGCUACAUGUGUCCCGUCUUGCCCCACCAUACUAUGUUAUAUUCGUAAUCAAAGCUUGUCGAAUAAAAGAGCUAGGCUACUAGAAGCAGUCUAAAGUUUA